CCCGCCAAGCAAACCUACACACGGCUACGCCAUUGACUGCCACGCGGCUGAAGGACCCACGAAAUAACCAAUCAUGGGACACGAGAGAUCGCUUCCGGUUAUUCGCACCGUCUGUCGGCAAAUCCAAACAGCUCGCUUUGAAAUUGCUUGAGCGACAAUUGUCAAUUAUUACUAUUUUCUUCUCUUCUUUUUUUUUUUUUUCAAUUUUCCAUUCGGUUUAUUAUCGAAGCCCUGCAAAUUUCUCUCUGCUAAAGGUCUCUUUUCCUCUGCCAGCUCUGGCAGCAAUAGCCGACGCAAGGUUCCAAGACGGGUUCCAAAAUUAGCAACACGAUUCUAUAAUCUUUGGGUCGUUUACCUGAUUUUCUUUUUCUUUGGAGAGAUUAAUUUCUUUUCUAUACUCGAAUUUUAAUCUUGAUAGCUGAAAAUAGACAUGUCGGGACCGUUGGAUCUCUUUGCGCGGCCUUGCUUUGAGGGCACUUCUGGCAGUGAUGAAAGGAGAGAACGGAAAUCAGAUUUUGAAAUUUCAGAGGAAGACAGGAAGACUAGAAAUUGGAAUCUGAAGAAGAAGGCUAUGAAGGCAUCUAAAAAAAUAAGACGCUCCCUCCAUAAGAAGAGGAGUAAAAGUAGUGGGGAAGGGAUUUCUGCAGCAAUCGAGGAUGUUCGUGAUGUUGGGGAGCUGCAGGUUGUAGAUGCAUUUAGACAGGCUCUCAUUGCGAAUGACUUGCUUCCUGCCAAACAUGAUGAUUAUCAUAUGUUGCUGAGGUUCUUAAAAGCAAGAAAAUUUGAUAUUGAGAAAGCAAAGCAAAUGUGGGCAAAUAUGAUUCAAUGGAGGAAAGACUUUGGUACUGACACAAUUAUGGAGGAUUUUGAGUUCAGUGAGCUGGAUGAAGUUCUGAAGUACUACCCCCAGGGUUAUCAUGGUGUAGAUAAAGAGGGUAGGCCAGUGUACAUUGAAAGACUUGGGAAAGUUGAUCCCAGCAAACUUAUGCAAGUGACCAGUAUGGAGCGAUAUUUGAGAUAUCAUGUGCAGGAGUUUGAAAAAUGUUUUGCUAUAAAGUUUCCUGCAUGCUCUAUUGCUGCAAAGAGACACAUAGAUUCAAGUACAACUAUUUUGGAUGUGCAAGGCGUGGGUUUAAAAAACUUCACCAAGUCUGCACGAGAACUCAUCAUACGGCUGCAAAAGAUUGAUGGUGACAACUACCCCGAGACACUUUGCAGAAUGUUUAUAAUUAAUGCUGGUCCUGGUUUCAAGCUGCUCUGGAACACGGUGAAAUCUUUCCUUGAUGCCCAAACAGCUAGCAAAAUUCAUGUUCUUGGAAACAAGUACCAGAAUAAAUUGCUUGAAAUAAUAAAUGCAAGUGAGUUGCCUGAAUUUCUGGGCGGUAGCUGUACUUGUGCUGUUGAGGGAGGUUGUAUGAGAUCUGACAAGGGGCCAUGGAAAGAUCCAGAUAUUCUGAAGAUGGUUGAAAAUGGAGAAGCACUAUAUUCCAGACAAAUCGUAACAAUUUCAAACGUUGAAGGAACGGUGAUUACUUCUGAUAAGCCACACUAUCCAAUGAUAAAAACAAGUGAUACAUCUACUGCAGAAUCUGGAUCUGAAGUGGAAGAUGUUGCAUCUCCUCAACCAACUAAGAGUUAUUUGCUCCCAACAUUGACUCCUGUCUGUGAAGAAGCUAAGGUGGUUGGUAAGGGAAGUGCUGUGCCAGAAUAUGAUGAAUAUGUACCCAUGAUUGAUAAGACUGUGGAUGGCGGAUGGAAGAAACAAGUGACCUUUCAAGGACCACAUACUUCCACAGGGAUACCUUCUCCACCAACUGUAGAACAAACUCCGGGAGGAAUCUUUACAGGCAUUUGGGUCCUGCUCAUAGCGUUCUUCGUAUCGUUUCUUACUUUUAUCCGAUCACUGCCGAUUUGGGGGACUAAGAAAAACACAGUGGCUAAUUCUGACACUGAUGCUAUCAAUCCGACUUUUGAACCUGUGCUAAAAGAGGAGUUCCGUCCCCCUUCUCCUGCUCCAGGAUUUACGAAGGCAGACGUGCUCUCAUCAGUCUUGAGUAAACUGAGUGAACUUGAAGAGAAGAUUGAGAUGCUACAGAUGAAGCCUUUUCAGAUGCCCUGUGAGAAAGAGGAGUUGCUGAAUGCGGCUGUUUGUCGAGUGGAGGCAUUGGAAGCUGAGCUAAUUUCAACUAAAAAGGCUUUGCAUGAAGCUUUAAUCAGACAAGAAGAGCUUCUCGCUUAUAUAGAUAGACAACAGGAAGCCAGAUUUCGCAAAAAGAAAUUUUGCUGGUGAAGAAGAGUUUCUUGUACAGGAGGAAUUCAUUGGUGAUAUGUUCAUGCUAUUUCAUUCAUUUACGUAGCUUUUCUACAGAGUGCAGAAUAAGUAGCAGCAGAUAAAUUCUAUUUUAUAUGUUUCAAGCUCUAAAGAUGUACAUAACUCUCCAGAUGUUUUGAUUUUAUGGCAAGGUUCUUGCAUGUGGAUAAAAGGCCAAAGUUCAAUGUAUAUUUAUAAAUUACCACAUUUGUUGAGUU